UUUUUGUGAGUGUAGUCACAUGAUCAAAUCGGAGGGAAAAGCUGGCAGCCAUUUGCCUGUUCUAUAAAAAAAACGAGUCCAAGUUCACUCUAGUGCACCAGCAGGUUAAAAGAGGAGAGACUGAAGUGAAAGAGAAAGGGACUCAAUUCCAUAAAUUGAUCCUGAUUUAUACUGUAGGAUUAACUGCUAUUUGAAUUUUCGUCUGCAUGUAUUUCAUAAAGGACUGAAAAGCAUUCCUACAUUAUUAAAAGAAGUGAACUGUGAACUAUCUUAUUUAUGAUUUCUUGUUUAUUGGGAUACAACACAGCCGUAACCAUCCGGGUUACAGUAUUAUAGACUAUUUUAACAGAAUUAUACUUUAACUACAUGUACUUUAACAUGUAAAACUUCAUACACUAGAGUAUCAAAAUUGGCGACAGGUUCAUUGUCUAAUGUUGUGAAACGUUGGCCUUUGGUUGAAAAGCUUUAUUGUACAUCUUGUGUUUGAAUUUAUCCGUGUUUCAGUGUUAAUUUUAACUUCUAAGGUUGAUAAACUUUUGGAACUAGCUUUAUUGUUUUCAUAUUUCACAAGAAAUAUACUUGAACGAUACGAACAAAAAGGUUUUAUCAUUAUAAACAGUAACAAAAUGGCAACAGGUUCAUUGUCUUCAGUUCCAAAAAGUUUGCGUAUGGUUGAAGACUUUUCUUGCACAUGUUGUUUAGAGCAGAAUCUUACGGAAUCUGCAGACAUUUAUUGUGAACAAUGUUUAAGGUUUUAUUGUAAAAAAUGUGUUAUCCUGCAUAGUCAGUUGUUUACAAAACAUAUGACAUGUGGAAGGGAGGAUAUUGAGAAAUGGCCAGUUUCUAAGGCGGUGGAAGAUUUUCUCAGGAAGUGUGAGGUGCAUGCGGAUGAAACACUGACACAGUUUUGCCAUGACCACAGUCAGCUGUGCUGCUCUGCAUGUGUUGUAACAAUUCACAGCCAGUGCAGUAAAGUGACCCAGAUUUCGGAGCUGACCAACUCGCAGCCCACUGGCCUGGAGGGGUUGUCAGUGGAGCUGGAAACUGUUAUGGGGGAAAUUAAAACCCUGCAGAUCAGUCAGGAGGCCAGCAUUCAGUCAUUGCAGAGAACAUACAAGGAACAUAGGGAAGUUAUGAUAGAGCAAAUGUGUGGCAAUUUAAAUACUUAUAUAGAUGAAUGUGAUAAUAAUUCUGUGAGUACAUCAGGCGGAAAUGAGCAAUAUUUAAAAGAAGAGAUGUGUAGGAGUGUUCUCUCUAUCGUGAAUGAAUUCGAUAAUAUUACUGCGAAGGAACUUAAUGAGAUGAAAGAUGAAGUUAUAAGCAUAAAAGGGUCAGUUACAAGUACUAUUCAUAAAUGCACCAGUCUUCACAAUGACUUGUCACAAUUACUUGAAAUCGUUAAGAAAACUGGAGAUAAUAAGGAGCUCUGCCUUAUAGCCAGCAUAAAAUGUAAACAUGUCAUACAGCAGGCAUACACUCUGCUUGGAAAGUCGGGCAAGGUGUUUAAGGUCCAGGGGAAGUCUGAGUACAAUGUGAGAAUACCAAGUGAUUGUCAUACAUGUGAUAUCUCAGGCAUAUGUGUUCUUCCAGAUGGACAGGUACUGGUUGUAGACUGUAACAAUCUGAAUGUAAAGCUGCUGAACCAGCAGAACCAGGUGGUGAGUCACUGGGAUGUGUAUGCUUUGCCAUCUGACAUUUGUUUGAUCACACCCAGUGAGGUUGCAGUGGCUGUGAAUAUUAGCAACAUACAUGAGGUCCAGUUUAUCACUGUCAACCAGGGAAAGCUUGUUCCUGGCAGGAAGUUUCAGUUACAACAUGAAUGUACAGGUAUUACCCAUCACCAAGGAGACCUUUUUGUCACCUCUGGUCAAGAACUGUACAAAUACUCACUGAAUGGCAAACUGAUCUGCAGUCUCUAUGGAGAUAGAUCAGGUGAUUAUACAGUAGACAGGUGUGCUGUGAGUCCCACAGGAGACAGGCUGUACAUCACCAACUGGCACAAUGACAAGCUUCUCACCCUGGCCAGGGAUGGCACACUCCUGGCUACAUACUCAGACCCAGCACUAGAGGGCCCAUCUGGUCUACAUGUGACCCCUGCAGGCCAGGUGCUGGUCUGUGGAGGCUGGUCCCACACUGUACUACAGGUGGGCUGGGAGGGAGAGAGUAAGCUGGCUACUCUUGCUACACGAAAAGAUGGAGUGUUGAGGCCAUGGUCAGUCUGCUACAGCAGCACCACAUCAUCCAUCAUUGUGGGACAGCAGUGGGACAACAUCCGGGUGUUCAGAGUGGAAUAGUGUGAACAUUGGCUGCUGAGUCAGGACAAGGUUGCUGAGGAUGUGGUGGACAAGGAUGACCGGAAUACACAGAAGGUGCUUGACCAAAUACAAGAGGCCGUCCCAUCAAUCAGUCGUCAAAGUCAGUUGAGAUGGACCAGAACAAGGCAGAAACUCAGCAACAUUUUACGCACUGUGAGCAUGAGCAUUGUUAUUGAGUUGACAUGGCAACGGCACCAGUCGGACCCCCAGGAGCCUCAGUCCAGGACAUCCCUUCCCCUCCCCUGAUCCCUAGCUCCUCCCCUUUGACCUCCUGCUUCAAAGCUUCAUUGAACAAUAUCGUUCUGCUGGAAUGUCUGAGCAUGUUGAGUUUUUACAAGCUGUUCUCAACAACUGCAAUGUCCGUGUUGAUCGAUCCACACUCCUGCCUAAGUAGUUUGUUAAGCUCCAGUGCCGGAGGUGGGUCAAGUAUUUCAGACACGCAGAGUUAUAGCAGUAGUUAUGGUAACACCAACAGUCACUGAUUGUGGACUUCACAACGAAUAGUACGAAGAAUAAAAAGUUGGAUAACUUGUUCCAUGCUUUGUUGGACUAACAGAACAACAUCGAAUAAUGGUAGACAAUCUAGAAACAGUUAAAGAGUUAUAGAUCGAAGCAUAAGCUAUCCACGGGGUCUACUUCUGAAUUCAAUAGUAGUAGCAUUAUGGACCAUCCUGGUUUGUCCUCUUAUGCAUCCAAAAUGUUCAAAGUGAACGUGAUUCUUACGCAGUUGCUGACAAAAAAACUUUGUAUGAACACUCAUAGCACAAUGAAUACAUCGGGAGUGGUUCAGACGCAAAUUCUUCCCAACAACAUUAACACGGUUCUUAAGGUGUACCCAUCAUGGUUUGUUACGAGCACUUCACACUCCAAGACAAAACAGCCUCGCAUUGAGUUGACACAAGAUAAAGCAUUGAAAAAUGACAGCAGUUUUGUUGUGUGGUCCAGUAUGCCUUUUGACUCCAACCCAACAUUAGGUAGAACUCAAACUCAGCCCUUAGCA